AUGGAGAGGCGCGGCCGCAGUAUGAAGGCGCCCGGGACCCUGGCGGCUCAGCAGUCCCCGACGGGGUUUCGGAGGGAGAGGCGGGCCAGCAUGUUCGAGAAGGAGGCAUAUGCACAGAUUUUAAAAGAAAGGCUGAAAGAGUCAUCUCAUGAUGUUCUGUAUGUAGAGCCUCCAUUUGAUGAUUCCAUUGCUGAGAUAAAUAAAGAAUGGAAGAGUUCUAUGGCAAAAUUUAGGUUUGCUAAUACAUAUAGAAUGGAGCCACUGAGAAAGUUCCAAGCUCAUUCAGUAGAAACUAAAGUCCAGCAGAUAUUAACGGACACUCUUAAAGAAAUCAAAUAUGAUGAGAAACUCUUCUCUCACUUGUCACUUGAAUUAUCAGACCUCAUAUUGUCAGCAGUCAAAGACUUUGCAUACCAACGUUAUAAAUUGAUUAUAAAGGUAUUAUUUAUUCAAAAGUCUGGUCAGGCAAUAAAUGUGGCCAGUCGGUGGAUUUGGGAUGCUGCCUGGGACACCUGGGUUGCAGCUAAACAUGAAACAGAAACUUACGUGGCCUUGGCCUUGGUGUUUGGUCUUUACUGUGAAUAA